AUGGCGUCUGGACAGCACGCAUCGGAGGGUGCCGAGCACGAGACGCUCGCCUUGGUGCUCGAGCACCUCGUAUCGGCCGGGCCGGUGCACGAGACCCCGGACAAGCUCCAGCCAGGCACUUCGGACCACAACGCCAUCACUCCGGCUCCGAUUUCAGUCCAGGGUCACACGCACUGGUGGGGUCGCUUCUUCCCGGGCCACAUGGAGUCGACGCUGGAUCGGCUCUUCGCCGCCCACCACAUGGGCAACUACGUGGCGGUGCGAGGGCAGCCGGGCAAGAAGAUCUUUGAGAGCAUGCCGAUCUACGUGCGUGUGGGCAUGCAUCUUCUGUUCUACAAGAGCAAGGAGCAGUCGUUCCUGCGCUACAAGACGGUCGAGGAGCUGCUUCAGACCGUCUCGAUCCGACAGGGCAAGGUGUACGACGACGAGUCGGAUCCACAGGCGGUGCUGGAGCAUAUCCAAAAGUUCAUCGCGACCUAUUCGAUCGACACGGCAGAGCUGCUGCAGCCGGAUCCGUCCAAGUAUCCGAACUUCAAUUCGUUCUUCUUCCGAAAGCUGAGGCCGGAUGCCCGGCCGAUCGCCGAGCCGGAUAAUGCGUCGGUCGUGUCGUCCUGCGCAGACUGCCGACUGACGGUGUUCGACAACGUGGCCGCAUCGACCAAGUACUGGAUCAAGGGUGACGGGUUCACCAUCAACAGACUCAUCGGCGACACAAAUCUGGCAGACAGGAGCUUCCCUCCUGGCAGCUCGCUCGCCAUCUUCCGUCUUGCGCCGGCGGACUACCACCGCUACCACCACCCUGUCGGACCAGCGAUGUGUGGACCAACACGACACAUCUCUGGAGAGUACUUUACCGUCAAUCCCCAAGCCGUCAAUGCCAAUUUCGACGUCUUUUCGUCCAACCGACGAGACACGCUGCUGCUCAACUGGACACCCAAGGGAGCCGGGUCGCCAGUCAUCCCGGUUGCAUUUGUGGCGAUCGGCGCCAUGCUGGUGGGAUCGAUCGGGUGGACCAACGCCAAUCAGGGCGCGAGUGUUCAGCGCGGCGACGAGAGCGGCUACUUUGCCUAUGGCGGCUCUACGAUCGUCUGCGUCUUCCCGCCAGAGGCCAAGGUGCAGUGGGACCAGGACCUAAAGGACAAUUCGGCAAACGGCAUCGAGACGAUGGUGCGCGUGGGUGACCGCAUCGGCCUGAGCAAGCAGAUCUUCGUCCGCGCGCCCGCCUUCGACACCAUUCCCGCCUCACGUCUCGGCCUCGCCUCCCACCACCUCGCCAGGCAUGCGGUGACCAGCACUCGACGGGCGCACGAGUCCGUCCAGGCGGCUGCCCGUCCGCCGCCGCAGGAGAGCGUGUGCAUCGCUGGCCCCUCCCGCCUCCCCACAGCCUCAUUCCAGCGCCAUGCUCACUCAAGCUCCCACUCGGGACCCGGCUUCGGUCACCCCGCCAAGCGUGGGCUGCUCGGUACAAACGAUCCUCGCUCAGUGGCAUCCGCAUCGUCCACCGCCCCUAGAAAGACGCAAAAGGCGCAGUACAGCCGCAGAGGCACCGACACAAGCCCUCGCAGCAGCCGUCCACAUGUACCCGACCGCCCCCAUCCGCACGGAAGCGCACCAGGGCAAUGGUGGACCGGUGAAACUUCCGCCACCCAGGCCGACCGUACAGCAUCGGAUCCAAUGCUCGACCUAGACCGCCAGAUGGCCGCGUCGCACUGGCCCUUCGGGCCCUCCCGCCCACAAGAUCUCUACCGAGACGCCUACGUGGCGCAUCCAGAUCGAUUCGAUUGGAGGAGAAGAUGCACGUCGCAGCCCGUCGUUCGGUCCGCAUCCAAGUCUGCGCCGCUGCAGCGCAGAAAGGCUUCCGCCUCCAUGGUCAAUGGCGAGGAGAGCAAGUUCGCCGCCAAAGCGCGGCGCACGGCCGAGCGCAAGAUGGACGACCGCUCACUCCGAAUCAGCCGCGAAAAAGCGGCGCAGCUCAUUCAGCGCAACGGCGAGCGCCAGCCCAUCCGACAGCAGGCGCAGCUCUACCGACAGAACUGGACGCAAUUGCUCGACCACGAGCGCACCCAAGAACUCGCUGCCAUCGCCGAGAGACGCAAGGCGCCCAUCGACAAGCUCGUCGACGAGGGCAUCGCCAUCGACGGCCUGCAGGCGUACUGGCAAGACGACAGCCGGCGUCAUUUCGGCAAAAAGGUCGCUGUGUUCAAGCUCGAUGCGGCCGAACCAUUGCCUCGCACGCUGUUCCGGGCCGGAGACAAGGUCACCAUCAUGCCGUCCACAUCGAGCGGUCCGUAUGCUGGGCAGCCGCUUGCCGAGGAAGAAGUGAUCGAGGCCGAGGUGGUGGAACGCCAGCGGACCUUUCUGCGACUCAAGUUUGACGAAAGGGACGAGGAUGUCGAUCUCGUUGCGUGUCCAUCCUGGCGCCUCGACUAUGGAUUCAACGACCUCACGUUCGAACGCAUCAAGGCGGCACUCGAGGCCAUCGAGCACGACGUCGAGUUCAUCGAGACGCAGUACGGCUCGCGCUUCCAGUACAUCCUCUCGGGCACGCGUCUGAGCGAUGUGAUCCUGGGCAUCGAGCCUCCCGCCGACCGAGUCACGCGAGGCGCAUUCUGGGAAGACGCCCGUGUGCAGAGCUGGUACGACCGAUUCUCGCGCCCCGACCCUGUAGUGGUGGAUGGCGACCCACAGCCGGAGCUCAACCGCUCGCAGACGCAGGCGGUGGCCAUGAUGCUGCGCGAGCGCGUCUCGCUCAUCCAGGGCCCACCGGGCACGGGCAAGACUCGCACGAUCGUCACCGCCAUCAAGCUGCUCAAGCAGGAAUUCCAGGUGCCCCACCCCGUCAUGCUCGCCGCACACACCAACGUGGCCGUCGACAACCUUGCCGACGGCUGCAUCAAGGCCGGGCUGCGUGUGGUGCGCAUCGGCCCGUCGGCACGCGCGCGUGCGGGCAUCGACCAGUUCACGCUCGAUGCGCACUUUCUGCGCCAUCCGGCCAAGCCGCGCCUUGACGACAUCAAGCGCCGCAUGGACACGCUCGAAAAGCUCAAGAGCGACUACGAGAUGGUGCGUGGAACAGUCGCCGCGCCUGCAGCGCGAGAUGAAAGCGAGGAGGGCAUUGGUGCUACAGGCGGUGGUGCGGCGCUGUCGUGGGAGGACGUGAUGGCGGAGCGCGAAGAAGAGCGCGAGGUGGCGCAGUCGCAGGGCGGCACGGCGUCCGAGGAGUACGAGAGCAUCAAGAAGCGGCUCAACCGGCUCAAGGCGACCUACUUUUUCCUGCGCGCCUCGAUCCGCGGCGAGAUCCUCAAUGGCGCCGACGUGAUUUGCGGCUCGGCGAUCGCAGCUGGCUCGCCGGAGCUCGACAUGAUCGACUUGCCCGUGGUGUUCUUUGACGAGGCGUCGAUGGCGACGGAGCCGGUGUCGCUGGUGCCGCUCAUGAAGGGAUGUCGGCACCUGUCGAUCAUUGGCGACCACAAGCAGCUGCCGCCCGUGGUGACGAGCGCCGAGGCCAAGCAGGGCGGGCUGAGCAAGAGUCUGUUUGAACGGCUCAUCGAGAGCACCGCCGCGGACGGCAGCAAGAUCCCGUCGACUUUGCUCAACGUGCAGUUCCGCAUGCAUCCGCGACUCGCCGAGUUUCCCAACAAGACAUUCUACAGCGGCGCACUCGAGAACGGCAGCGGCACCGACAAGAUACCCGCCGUCGAGUCGGGGUACUGGCCGCAUGUGGAAGGCAAGGACGAAGCUCACAGACUGUGCUUUAUCGACCACAAGGGCCGCGAGUCGAAGGCGGACAACUCGCUGUCGCUGUGCAAUGUGGCCGAGGCGCGGCUGGCGGUGGAUGUGGCGAUGGACGUGCUGCGACGCAAUCCGGAGCUGACGGGCGACGACAUUGGGAUUGUGACGCCGUACGCAGGGCAGCAGAUUCUGCUCGAGAAGAUGCUGCACAACGACACAUCGGCCGAACGCCGUCGGGCGGCUGGUGCGCUUGGGGCGCGGUCGUCACAGCUCGGAUGCAUCGAUGUGCACACGGUCGACGGCUUCGAGGGCCGCGAGAAGAAGGUCAUCCUCUUCUCCACGGUGCGCACAAACGCACAGGGCUAUGUUGGAUUCUUAGCCGAUGGGAGGCGACUCAAUGUGGCGCUCACAAGGGCGCAGAGCGCGCUGUUCGUGCUCGGCAACAUCGACACGUUCAAGAACGCGCAGCUCAGCGAAGCCGCCUACAGCCGCGUCGAGAGCCCGGACCUGGGCGCACUGCACAGCUACGCCGAGUAUCUCGAGAAACAAGGCGCCGUCUACACCACGACUCAGACGCCAAGGACCGUCGAUGUGGCCGAGCACGACGACCAAGAUGUCGACGCAGCCGAGACGCACAGCCUGGCCGAUGCCGCCGAGUGGCAGCACAUUCUAGCCGAGCGCUCGACUGCCUAG